AUGUCUCGUCAUAAAAGGCGAGCCAUCUAUAAGGUCUUUUACUUUAGAGCCCUACAAGUGCUUGAUAUGAAUACCCCCUUCAAAGCCUUCUUUAUUCCCACCUAUAAAACUUAUGGCGUUCUUGGAGAACAUGGGUAUCCUAUUUGGGUUGGCAUGAUUGCUAUCAUCACUGUGUAUGCUGAAACGUUUUUCCAUGUCAUCAUUAGCUGUAUACCUGCUCUCUCCACGUUCUACAUCGGCACAUUUACAAAAAGUCACUUCUACUCAACACUCCAGUAUGGCAUUUUAUACCAACUAAGAAGGUCCGAGGCGUCCAGCAUCCCGUCAUCGGGACCCGAGCAACCCCAUUCCAUGUAUUCAACUAGAUCUUUGCUUGGAAGCGGCAAGAAUAUUGUUGAUAUCAAAAUGCUCGAACUCAAAUCAAAGAAGCCUUCUCAAACUUCCUCGUAUUCCAAAUUAGGGAAGCAGGAGUCUGGAAAAGUCAAUCAAUCGUCCUAA